CGAUCUAUACGUCUGUCCCGUCCUUGCAUAUUUUUAUUAAUAUCUCGAGUUUGCAAAACAUUUUAUGCUCUUUUAUACAUGCAUUAUAAAGAGUAAGAUACACGCAAUUUUCUCAUAUGGAUUUUAAUGACAUUUCUGCACCGUACAGAGAUGAAUCUUCCUCACCACUGUUACUUAACUACAUUUGUUCAAAGCGCGAUUAGAAUGACGCUGUGGUGGCUUAAUGUGUACCGACUUGCAAUUAACGAUAAUCCGAUUAAGGCCAAUUGGGCACGAACGCUUGGUCGUCAAACGUGCUGGAAUAAACCUGAUUACUAACAGCAGGAUAAAUACAGUCGUCUGGUAGAAUCGCAAGAUUCCAGCAAGCUCUUGGGACAUAUGACCUUGAAGUCAUCGCGAGCUUCUUUGUAGCGAAGGACAGGAACACUCCAUCAUCAAUCUUACAAACGAAUGUUUCAUUGAUUGAAUUAAAGGAAAUUAAACUUCGUAUUAGAAUAAAAAAAUUAAAAUUUAUUUAUCAAAUGAAAGCAUCAUUGUACAGGAUACUCUAUCUGCUGAUAAAACGCAAAUGCAUUGAAUGGAACUGUAAAUCAUUAACUUUAGUAUAUUUAUAGCUCUGAAGUGAGAUUGUAUGCUCUACUUAUCAGAGAUAAGCUUUACUAUUUGACAGUAGAAUUUAACGUUUUGUAAAUGAAACAUUCCUAAUUGCCGCGUAAAAUUAAUAUUUCAAUUACCAACAAUCAAAUAUGUACAUAUUUAAAAAAAGUACUAAUAAAGAAUAAUUAAAUUCUUAUUUUAUGAAAUUUAUGUGUUUAAACGUGUGAAUUGAAAAGUGCUUGAUCAGCAACAGAUCUGAAGAUAUAUGAUCGCUGGUUCCAAAAUCAUCAGCAAAAACAACAGAAGUCUUCCUCUUCUUCUUCAGCAUCAUGCAUAUUGACGGAGUGAAGGAGGAUGCGGAUAUGAGCAAUACUGGAUCAUACGUGGUAUCAUUUGAAGAUAAACAUCAAGAAAGCAGCAGGACACAAUGGCGACAAUAUCUGGCGUGUAUUUCUGCAACUAUGUCCAUGAUGGCUGUUGGAACAGUGUACGGAUGGACAACGACCUCUCUCUCCCGGCUGACUUCCGGCGACAGCAGCAUGCCAUUGAAAUUAACAGACGACGAAGGUUCAUGGAUCGUGUCUCUAACGGUAAUCGGUUCCAUGAUCGGCCCAUUUUUAGGAGCCUCCUUAUCCGAUAGAUUCGGUCGUAAACGUUGCUUAAUGAUAUCAAGUGGCUUCUUCAUCGUUGGUUGGCUCAUCGUGUUGUUCGCGAAAACUGUUGAAGCUCUGUACGUAUCUCGUGUGAUACUCGGUGUAGGUGUUGGAAUUUCAUACACCACAAACCCCAUGUACGUCUCAGAAGUGGCGGACACCAACAUCAGAGGAGCUCUUGGUACUCUAAUAGCAGUGAACGUGUUCACUGGCUCCUUGUUUACCUGCAGCAUAGGUCCUUGGGUGUCUUUCGAAAUCCUAGCAGCUAUUCUGCUUGCUAUACCAGUUUUAUUCAUCGCCUGUUUCAUGUGGUUCCCGGAGAGUCCUCAUUUCUUAGCGUCCAGGGGCCGCAAGGCAGAAGCCUGUAGGUCGUUGGCCUUUUUCAAAGGGAUCCGCGACCCUAACGAAGCUAAAAGAGAAUUGAACCUCCUUCUUCGUAGCGUAUCAAGAGAAGAUUCAUGCAAGUCUCACGCGUCUUCGGGUCCUAGUCAGAGCAUGGAGAUGCUGAGACAGACCUGGUCGGUCAAGCUGAGAAUGUUGUUCUUACCAAACAAUGCAAAGGCUUUGAGUAUAGUCAUUGGUUUGGUUGCAGCGCAGCAACUUAGCGGGAAUUUUAGUACCAUGCAGUAUCUAGAAGUGUUAUUCAAAAAGGCAGAAGUUGGUAUUGAUUCGAAUUUCGCUACCAUCUUGGUUCUAGCUGUUGGUCUUGUAUCUGGAGGUCUAGCUACUGCCACUGUCGAGGGUGCUGGUAGAAGAUUACUCCUGAUGAUCUCUACUUUUGGCUCGUUUGUCACUUUGGCCAUUUUGGCUAUUUAUCUGAUGCUCGAUGAGAAAGGGAUCGAUGUCUCUGCGGUGAAUCUUCUUCCUGUCAUCGAUGUGAUCAUCUUUCAAGUGACUUUUCAAAUUGGUCUUGGUACUUUAACAAACACUUUAAUAGGGGAAUUGUUCCCAACCGAGGUGAAAGGCGCUGCUGGUGCCAUUAUUACCAUCUUCGAUGGUUUACUAGGAUUUACUGUCUCGAAAUUGUACCAGGUGAUCGGUGAUAGUCUUGGCUCCUACACGGUUUAUUAUUUCUUCUCGGUGUCUUGCCUCUUAGCCUUUCAUAUGGUGGUGUUGUUUGUGCCGGAAACGAAGGGUAGAACUUACCAUGAGAUCCAAGCGGUUCUUAGUGGAAAGAAAUUGAAUACCUCGAAUGAAGCAGGAGGAAGCAAUGAUAACAAUUAUGUAUGACACGAGGAAUUGCACCGUGAACUUUGUACUACACGGUGCUCGUUACGUUCAGUUGACAGUAUUGUAAUUGUUGACUUAAUUACCACGAUCUCCUCUUUCGUUAAAACACUUAAUGUUUUUAUCUACGUUGUUUAUUUAUGUAAGAAAAUAGACAAAGGCAACAGUCACUUAUUGAUGUACAUGUUUUAUGACUUAUUUUAUCUUACAUAUGAAAAAAUAAAUACUGUUCUUAAAACUA